AUGACCGCCUUCAUCAAGCAGGAAGCCAUGGAAAAGGCCCGCGAGAUCGAGAUCAAGGCCAACGAGGAGUUCGAAAUCGAAAAGUCCAAGCUCGUCCGCCAGGAGACGGACGCCAUCGACACGCAGUACGAGAAGAAGUUCAAGCAGGCCACCAUGUCGCAGCAAAUCACCCGGUCGACCGUCGCCAACAAGACACGGCUCAAGGUGCUCGGCGCCCGGCAGGAGCUGCUCGACGGCAUCUUUGAGGAGGCCCGGCAGCAGCUCGCCGCCGUCGUCAAGGACGCCGCCCGGUACCAGAAGACGCUCAACGGGCUCGUGCUCGAGGGCUUCAUCGCUAUGAACGAGCCCGAGCUGCAGGUCCGCGCCAAGAAGGCUGAUUACGACGCCGUCAAGAAGGCUAUCGAGGAGGCGGCCAAGGAGUACAAGAAGGAGGUUGGCAAGGACACGACUGCGACGAUUGACGAGGCUAAUCCCUUGGACGAUUCAAUCGCCGGCGGCAUCAUCAUCAUUGGCGGAAAGGGAAAGAUUGACAUUGACAACACCCUCGAGGCCCGACUGCAACUGCUGGAGUACUCCGCGGCGCCGGCCGUGCGAGAAGACCUGUUCGGAAAGAACCCCAACCGCAAAUUCCACGACUAA